UCUGACAAGUUCUCGCCGGCGUGUGCUUGUUGCAUCAAAUGGGGAGAAGAUUGGAUUGAGGGAGAGAGUAAGGGAGCCAGAGUUGAUUUCUGAUCAAUAGACGUGGGGAGAGAGAGAGAACAAUCAAAAUGCCAGAGACUCCAACAGAAAGGAGAGAGCCUGCCAAAAGAAAAAAAAAAAAAAAAAAAAAAAGAGCUUAGUGGAGAAAUUAAAACCCAAUUCUCUAGGGACGGAUUAACUCCAGACGUGCACUCCCUCACUGGAAAUGCUUGAGAACUAGCUGAAGUUAGAUCAACUCCAUCCUAAGGGUAAAAAGGAGACGAGACAAAGUGAUCUGAAAAUGGAAUUGGGGGCUGGGGUAGAGAAGGAGAUUAUGUGGUGUCUAUGGGCUUGGUUGAUUGGUUUUUUCCCCCCUUUUCCCAAUCUGAGGUAGAAGGCAACUAGUUGGUCAAGGUGAUGCCCUCCAGAGCUUUGAGUGAGGCAACUUGAGUUCAGUGGGGCAUGCCGGUUAAAAGCAGGUGCUGCUGUUCAAACUAGGGAUGCAGGCUGCUUGCUCUCUCGCCCGGGAGGGGUAGGGAUGCUCCUCGCCUUGGCCCAAGCCGAGCAGGACAGCCUGGUUUUUUCCCCCAAGGAAAACGUCUAAGGGCAGAUUCCUCUCCCUCACCCUCCGCUCCCUCCCCCGGGCUCGUGCUUGUUUGGGUUUUCGGGGAUCUGCUGCAGUGCAUUCAUGCUUUUUGAACAACUGUCGGGAAAGGGCUCCCAAAUUCCCGGUGUACGUGUGUCGGAGACACAGCAGACAGGCUAUUCGGAGGGAGAAGGGGCAAGGGAUGCUGGCUGGUUAGUAGAGUAGCCUGGAAAACACGGCAGCUGCCCGGAAGAUCAUAGCAAUCCCACGCUGUGAAGGGAAAGGGAGGCUCUCCCACGGGAGAAGGGGGAUGCCCCUCGCAGGACUGAGAUCUUCUCAUAAAGAUGCUGCAGUUGGUGCCUUUGAAAAAGCCUGGAUGCUAAUACACAGCGAAUUAUAAGAAGGGGUGGGGCGGCAGAUUCCAGAAUUGGGGCCAAAGAAACCCCCAAAGCCGCCUACUUGCGAGCCACACCCCGGAAUGGAGAGAUCCACAGAAAUACCAGUUACUUUUUGAAAGAUCUCCAGGCAGAAAUGAAAUACUUUGGAGAGGAGGAUUAUCCUAUGGGUUGGUAGAUAUUGUUGUGAUCCCAUUAUUGCCUCUAUUGAUUCUCAACAUCCAUCCGGUACCAGAACCCUGGCACCCUUUGGGAGGCCCUCAGGAUCUUUUAACUGGCAACGUGUACUUUCCUGCUGGCAUUCUCUAAAGCCGUUUAGAUCAGCUCAAGAAGCAGCUCUGGGUCACAGUCCCUUCCCAGUAGAAAAAGGCUUUUAGUGAACCUUGAGACCCAGGAGUUGGGCCAUACCUCAUUCCUGACUCCUGCUGUCCCCAAAGACUUUCCUCAGAAGAAACACCCGAUGAAGUGAGCUCCUGAGGCCGGUGCCUGCUGAUGCUAAAUCUCCCCCUCUCCCUCCUGAGGCUCUCCCGGCUUGAGGGCUUGCCCAGCAGCAAUGUUGCAGUGUAAGCAUGCAGAGGAGUUCAGUUUUGGUCCUCGGGCCUUGAAGGACGCCCUCAUCUCCACCAACCCUGUUCUACAGGAACUCUAUGCUAAGGCUUUUUCCACCACUGAGAGGCUUUUCCUCUCUGAAGCGUACAACCCACAGAGGACCCUCUUCUGUACCCUGGUGAUCAGGACUGCCUUUGACUGGCUCCUGAGCCACCCUGAUGCUCCAGAGGACUUUGAGACCUUCUACCACUCUCUCCUCAGGAGGAAACAGAGCAUGUGCAGGAAGCAUAUUUACCUACAGCCAAUAGAUCUAAGUGAAGGCCCUGUAGGGAGUUCCCUCCUGGACUGUCUCCGAGGAUGUGUGGAAUCUUUCUUCCUGGGGCUUCGGGUAAAGUGCCUUCCCUCUGUACCAAUCUCUUCCAUCCACUGCUGCUUCCGUCAUAAUCGGGACUCUGACAAGAUCCAGCUCCAUGCCGAUAGCAUUUUGACUUUCCUGAAAAACAAUAAACCUGUAGAUGCCCUGUGUGUACUGGGCCUCACCCUCAUGGACCUGUAUCCCUGUGAAACCUGGAGCUUCACUUUUGGCAAAUCCCUUCCAGGACAAGAAGUAGGAAUAUGCAGCUUUGCCAGGUUUUCAGCUGACUUCUGCCAGACUCCAGGGGCUGAGGAGAUAUCAGAUAUCACCCUGAGGGUGCCUGAGAUAACUCUGAAGGACAGAAAUCGGACAUUAUUCUUCAGCAUUCUGGAGAUGGUCCAAUGCUGCAAGGUCACAUGUCAUGAAAUCUGCCACCUGAUUGGCUUGGGAAAUUGCCGCUGGCUGAGCUGCAUCAUGCAGGGAGUCCUGAGUUUGGACGAGGCCCUCCUCCGGCCCCUGGACCUUUGUCCGAUCUGCCUCCGGAAGCUGCAGCAUUUCAUUGGAUUCAAGCUCAUUGAGCGAUACAAGAAACUGUAUGCUUGGAUUCAGACUGUGGCCAUGGCAUGGCCCAGUCAGGAGGCAGGAGACCUCUCUGUGUCUGAAGAUGUCCUCCCUUUCAGCUCGGACUCGGGAAUGGGCUGUGAGAAUGACUCUGAAGCAGUCACAAGCCUGUCGGAGCCCCUCACCCCAGACACAUGCAGUCAUGCUUUCUCCAUAGGGCAGGAGCUCGAGCCUGAGGAGGGAAUGUGCUCCCUGGCAGACCUGGACAGCCAGCAACAGCUAGGAGACUCUUCUGGCUCUUCAGAUAUCAUCAAAGAACAUGAACUCUGGCUGGCAACUUGCAUCUCCGCCCUGGAGAGGGAUGUCUCAGAGGAAGAGCUGGCUGAAGUAGAUGGGGCUGUGGAUGCCCUUGCUAAGUGGGAGAUGUUCACAGGGCAGCUCCCAGCCCCUAGAAAGGACUUGCCUUUCAGUAGAGACAGUGUAGGGCUUCGAAAAGUCCUGGGGGACAAAUUCUCUUCCUUAAGGCAGAAGCUGAGCACAAGAAAACUGUCCAAAGCGGAAACCUCCCCUUGUCGAUGGAAGUGGGAAGACAAUUAGUAUAGUCAUAUCAGGCCUACCUUUCUUAACCCCCUUUUUGUUGAGAGUAGAAAAGAAUUAUCUUUUCUACUUGUCUUCCCCCUCUCUCCACCCCCAGCCUUUUCUUGAGCCCCAUAUUUACACACAAAAUUGAGUUGAAAAGUAACCAAGGACUCUAUGGAUAUAUCAAUGGAAUUCCAUCCCUCCAUGCAAAUGCCUAUUCAUAUCAGAUUACAGAAUAAAAUUUAGUUUUUUCCAUUUUCUUUACAGAAUCACAGAUCAAUAUUAAAAGGAAUUCAGAGAUCAUUUAAUCCAAAUUUUAUUCCUAUUAAGAAUCCUUCAUCCAUCCCCAAAUAGUCUUUGCUUGACAAAUUUAAAGUGAGGGGAAGCCCAUUAUCUCCCAAGGCAGUCCAUUCCACUUUGGGGUGGUUUUAGUAGUUAGGAAAUUUUAAACUCACUGAUUUUAUUCUGUCUACCUUUUUUUAUUUUCCCCUUUCUUCCCUUCUCCAAAUCUUAACCCUAAACCUCAGAAUUCCAGAAACUGAACUGAAUUCAAAUUGAGGUAAUAUGUAAAGCGCCUUGUAGACCUUAAAGUGCUAUAUAAAUGCCAUUAUUAUUGUUAUUA